CAAAUUUAAAAGUGCCCAUAGGAGAGAUGAGCUACUGAAAAACCUUCGUUCCUUAGAACUCCAAAAACCCAGUUCUGUCGUCAAAUCUCUCUAUUCAAUUCUUUUAUUUCUUCAGGUAAUCCCUCAAUCAACUCUUCAUUCAAUCAAUUUCAUUAUACAUAUAGAAAAGGCAAUAAUAUUUAGAAUCUCUUAUCCAAAUUCUUCGCAGUGUGUAAUUAGGGGAUAGGUUGUUUAUUUCAAGGGUUUAGAGGUUUACGAGGUAUGGAUGAUCUCGAAAAGGCGAUUUUGAUCAGCUUUGACGAAUCCGUGACAUUCGAUUCAGUACUGAAAUCACAGGCCGUGGCUUAUGUUCAGCAAAUUAAAGAGAACCCAUCAAUCUGUAGGAUAUGUAUAGAGAAAUUAUCUUUCUGUAAGCUAGCUCAAGUCCAGUUCUGGUGCUUACAAUGUCUUCACGAGGCCCUUCUUGUUAAGUACCUGUCAAUGACUCCGGACGAGAAGUCAUAUAUUAGAAAAUCUGUAUUUUCGAUAGCUUGUUAUGAAGCUGUUGAUGUCAAUGGUAACAGCUCGGUUAAGGUUUUGGAUGGCCCGGCGUUUCUAAAAAAUAAGCUUGCUCAGAUUGUUGUGUUUUUAAUUUACUUUGAGUACCCCUUAAUCUGGCCAUCAGUAUUUAUGGAUUUCCUGCCAAAUUUAAGUAAAGAUGCGGUGGUCAUUGAUAUGUUUUGUCGGGUUUUGAAUGCAUUGGAUGAUGAAUUAAUCAGCUUGGACUAUCCACGGAGUGGGGAUGAGGUAGCUGUGGCUGGUAGGAUUAAGGAUGCAAUGAGGGCUCAGUGUGUGCCUCAGAUUGUUAGAGCUUGGUAUGACAUUAUAUUGAUGUACAAGAAUUCUAACCCAGAGUUAUGUACUAGUGUUUUGGAUUCGAUGAGGAGGUACAUUUCAUGGAUUGACAUUGGGUUGAUUGUCAAUGAUGCAUAUAUUCAAAUGUUGUUCGAGUUGAUGCUGAUGGAUGUUUUACCGGAUCAGCUUCGUGGUGCUGCUGCCAUUGUUAUUCUUGCGGUUGUGACAAAAGGAAUGGAUUACAAGUCCAAGCUUACCAUUCUGCAGAGCUUGCAAAUAAGCAGAGUUUUUGCAUUGGUCAUGGGGGAUAGUGACUCCGAGUUGGUUUCUAGUGUGGCUUCCUUGGUCACAGGGUAUGCCAAUGAAGUUUUGGAAUGUUCCAAGCGUUUGAACUCAGAGGAUGGCAAGGGGGUCUCGUUGGAGCUCUUGAAUGAAGUUCUGCCCUCAGUGUUUUAUGUUAUGAAGAACUGUGAAGUUGAUUCAGCAUUCAGCAUUGUGCAGUUUCUUUCAGGUUAUGUUGGCACGAUGAAGAGCCUUUCUCCAUUGACGGAGAUGCAGUUGCUUCACUUGGACCAGAUAUUGGAAGUGAUCCGCGUACAGAUUCAAUUUGAUCCUCUCUACCGCAGCAAUCUUGAUAUGCUGGACAAGAUUGGUAGGGAAGAAGAAGAUAGGAUGGUGGAGUUCCGGAAGGAUUUAUUUGUACUGCUCCGCAAUGUAGGUCGUGUAGCUCCUGAUGUGACUCAUAAUUUUAUCAGGAACUCGUUAUCUAGUGCUGUUACAUCAUCAGAGAAGAGAAACGUUGAAGAAGUUGAAGCUGCACUUUCUUUAUUUUAUGCUCUUGGCGAAUCAUUACAAGAUGAUGCAGCGAGGAAUCGCACUGGUCUGCUGGGAGAAUUGGUCCCCAUGCUUCUAUUGACGAGAUUUCCUUGUCAUUCCAACAGGCUUGUUGCGCUUGUGUAUUUGGAAACAAUAACAAGAUAUAUGAAGUUCUUUCUGGAUAAUACUCAAUAUAUCCCAAUGGCACUAGGUGCCUUUCUUGAUGAAAGAGGUGUGCACCAUUCCAAUGUCAAUGUGAGGAGAAGGGCAAGUCAUCUUUUCACAAGGUUCGUGAAAUUGCUCAAACCAAAGCUCGUGCCUUAUGUAGAGAUUAUCUUGCAGCAUCUGCAAGAUAAAGUUGCAGAGUUCACGAGAAUGGACACUGCAUCAAAUGAAGAAGAUGGGAGUCACAUUUUUGAGGCAAUUGGCUUGUUAAUUGGGAUGGAAGAUGUACCACCAGACAAGCAGUCUGAUUACCUUUCUUCAUUGCUCUCUCCUCUUUGUCAGCAGGUUGAGGUGGCCCUAUCAAAUGCCAAAGCUCAUAACCCUGGAGGGUCUCCUGCACAAAUUGCAGAUAUCAAGCAAAUUAUUAUGGCCAUUAAUGCUCUAAGCAAGGGGUUCAGCGAGCGUCUUGCAACUGCUAGUCGCCCUUCCAUUGGUCUCAUGUUCAAACAGACUUUGGAUUUUCUCUUGCAAAUACUUGUUGUCUUUCCGAAGAUAGAACCACUGCGGUGUAAGGUCACUUCAUUUAUUCACAGUAUGGUGAACACUUUAGGAGCAUCUGUAUUUCCAUAUCUUCCGAAGGCAUUGGAGCAGUUGCUACCAGAAAGUCAGCCAAAGGAACUGGUGGAUUUUCUGGUACUUCUUAAUCAACUCAUCUGCAAAUUCAGUGCUGGAGUCCGGGACAUUUUGGAGGGAGUGUACCCUAUUAUUGCAAGUAGGGUGUUCAAUAUUCUUCCAAGGAAUGAAAUUCAGUCAGGACCUGGUGGCAAUACUGAGGAAAUCCGCGAGUUGCAGGAGCUUCAGCGAACAUUUUAUACGUUUUUGCAUGUGAUUACUACACAUGAUCUAUCAUUGGUUUUUCUUUUACCGAAAAGUAGGGGCUACUUGGAGUCAAUGAUGCAGUUGCUGUUAUAUACAUCUUGUAAGCACAAGGACAUCCCUGUAAGAAAGAUAUUCAUCAGGCUAAUUAAAGACUGGUGUGGUAGGCCUUGUGGUGAAGAAAAGGUACCUGGUUUCCAGAGUUUUAUAGUUGAGGCAUUUGCCACAAAUUGUUGUCUGUACAGUGUGCUUGACAAGUCGUUUGAGUUUCGGGACACAAAUACUCUUGUCUUGUUUGGCGAAAUAGUUUUGGCUCAAAAGGUCAUGUAUGAGAACUUUGGCAAUGAUUUUCUUCAUCAUUUUGUAUCACAAGGUUUUCCAAAUGUGCAUUGCCCUCAAGACUUGGCAGAGCAAUAUUGUCAAAUAUUGCAGGGUAACGAUAUCAAGGUACUGAAAUCCUUCUACCAGUCACUCGUUGAAAAGUUGAGACUCCAACAAAACGGCAGCUUGGUUUUCAGAUAAUAACUUAAUGAUAUACAAAUCUAUUGUCAUACAUUGAUGAAUGCACGACAUUGACCAGUUGUAAUGGCCGGAUUUUGUUGAUCAAAAGGUUUUAACAGUUGCCUCAUCAAAUUUAACCGAAUGUAUUAGCUCCAGUGUUCACGUCUAAUUGGUACAUCUAUUUCCAUGAACACAGCAGGGUUGCUUUCACGCAAAUACGAUUUGGUUGCUCAUCAUGGGCGGGGAGGUAUGGCUGUAAAUGAUGCUAUGCAUGGUAUAAGUUGAUAAAAUAUUUAAUAAUCGAUAUCCUUCUUCCUGCUGAUACUGUGAUUAAUUACACCACCAUGGCGGGUGUAAAUUUUCAAAGUUCUUCCUUUCAUCAUGAAAUAUCACAAGUCUCUUGGCUGAGCAUUUGAUCAAGAAGCUUGAGCAAGCGUGGUGGCAUAGGUGCCGGUUUCUUUUUGGUCGGCUAAUUAAUUCUCAGCCUUUUCUGAUCUGGUCUUGUUCAAGGAAUAUAUAGUGUGUUUUCCAAUUUCUUUCUUUCCGCUGUGCUCUUCGUUUAGGGAAGUGGUGGGGAUUUUGCAGAGUUGAGAUGAUCAAGUUUUGUUGCGAGGACCUUCGUUUUGGCGGAGUUUUGUUGUGUAACUAGUUUGUUAGCGUUGUCACCUGGUUGAGCCUUGGGUGAUGUUUGUUUAUCCACAUUGAAGUUCUAUCCCAGAUAAUCUUUGCUUAUUCAAUUGAUUGUGGGACACUAGAUAAAAUUCGUGUGAUUUAUGACUAUUCUCCCUUGAGUUGUACUACAUGUAUAGAAAGUAUUUUGCCAGACAAAUUACAGACCACGCACAAUAUAUGGGGUGGGUGAGUGGGUAUAUUUUUUCAA